AUGGAGAAAGUCCAAGAGAUCCUCGGCAGCGUCACUGGUGGUGCCCUCGGGACGAAGCUACCAACAGCGAAGCUCGGAAAGAAUGGUCCGCAAGUCACGCGCCUCGGAUACGGCACGAUGGGCCUGAGUGCCUUCUAUGGCGCGCCAAAGCCGGACGAGGAGCGCUUCAAGGUGCUUGACAAGUGCUACGACGAGGGUGAGCUGUUUUGGGACUCGGCCGACAUGUACAUGGACAGUGAGGAUCUGCUAGGCAAGUGGUUUAAGGCGAACCCAGGCAAGCGUGACCACAUCUUCCUCGCCACGAAGUUCGCGAACAAGCUUGAGAAUGGCAAGCGGUCGGUCGACAGCUCGCCUGAGUACUGCCGCUCAGCAUGUGAGAAAUCGCUCUCACGUCUUGGCCUUCCACAUAUCGACCUCUACUACGCUCAUCGCUUGGACGGCAAGACUCCGGUCGAGAAGACAGUCGCCGAGAUGAAGAAGCUGAAGCAGGAAGGCAAGAUCAAAUACAUCGGCUUGUCGGAGUGCAGCAGCGAGUCUCUCCGUCGUGCGAGCAAGAUUGCUCACAUUGAUGCCGUUCAAAUCGAGUACUCUCCCUUCUCGCUGGACAUCGAGAGCGAGCAGAUCAGCCUCAUGAAGACGUGCCGCGAGCUCGGGACGGCCAUCGUCGCCUACUCGCCGAUCGGACGCGGGAUGCUCGGUGGCACUAUCCGCUCGCCUAAGGACUUUGAGGAGGGCGACUUCCGGAAGUUUGCGCCAAGAUUCAGCGAGGAGAAUUUCCCGAAGAACCUGCAGCUAGUCGACCAGAUCGCGGAGAUUGCGAAGAAGAAGAAUGUCACGCCCAGCCAGCUGACUCUGGCGUGGCUCCUUGCUCAGGGUGACGAUAUAUUCCCGAUUCCUGGCACGACCAACCUUAGCCGGCUAGAGGAGAACCUCGCGUCACUCAAGAUCAAGUUGACGGCGGAGGAGGAGCACGAGAUUCGCAAGGCUUGUGAGGCGGCCGAGGUGCAUGGUGGUCGGUACCCGGAAGGUUUCGCGAGUGCGCUGUUCGCUGAUACACCUGCGCUUGACCCGUCGGAUCCUCUAAACAAGGAGAUUUCGUAG